CAAAACGUCUCAAUCAUAACCUUAUGGCGCCGGUAGAACACGUGAGGGACCAAAGCUUGUGAAACCUUUCUCUUUUGAAAAGUUCAGAUGCUUCUAAAUGGCAUAAUGCCGUCAUGGUGGUCGCAAUGUUAUCAAAGUACCGCUGCCUUUUGUUGAGUGCAACUGCGAAGCGGUUUAUCGGUUCUGAACACAGGCGGAUUCUGAGCUCAACCAUGGCUAGAUGGGCGACCAAGUGCUCACUGUCGAGUUUGACUAGUCAAGUAAAGAGGGUAUCUAUUGAAGGCAACAUUGCUGUGGGGAAGUCAACCUUCGCUCGGCUUCUGCAGGCAGCUAAGCCGGACUGGGAAGUUGUCUCUGAACCCAUUAGUAAAUGGCAAGCAAUAGAGAGCAGCUCUAGCCAGCAGAGCGACCCAGCCUCCCAGCCCUCCGUCAGUAACCUCCUGGAUAUGAUGUACCAAGAUCCUAAGCGCUGGUCUUACACCUUCCAGACCUUCUCGUGCAUGACCCGCCUGCGGACCCAGCUGCAGCCUCCGCCGGCCCGCCUGCUCAGCUCCCAGGAUGCACCUGUGCAGGUGUUUGAACGCUCGGUAUACAGUGACAGGUACAUCUUUGCCCUGAACAUGCUUGAGCUGGGCUGCAUCAACGCUACAGAGUGGGCGGUCUACCAGGACUGGCACUCCUUCCUGGUGGAGCAGUUUGGCAACCAGGUGGAGCUGGAGGGCGUUAUCUACCUCAGGGCCCCCCCACAGACGUGUAUGGAGCGGCUGGGUCGUCGCGGGCGUGUGGAGGAGAAGGGGGUGGAGCUGGACUACCUGGAGGGACUUCACGCCCAGCAUGAGAGGUGGCUCCUGGACAAAACCACCAGGCUGCACUUUGAUUGGUUGACGAAGGUGCCUGUCUUGGUGAUCGACGCGAGCGUCGAGUUUGAGUCGGACCCUGAAGUACGCGCCAAACUCGUCUCACAGGUUAAAGACUUCUUCAGUGGAUUAUAAGAAGCUGCCACAGAGAUUGUUUUAAAUCAAGAAGUUAACCUUUGAACCUCAAUAACUGAAACACACUCACCGAUGGAUCUUGUUACAAAGCUGUUUAUUCCAAGUAGUUUUAAUGACUUGUCAAUUAUUUACGAGGUGCUAUAUGUAUCUAAACAGGAGAACAGUUUAGUUUCACUCUAAUUAAAUCUGAACUUUUUACAGGGUAGCCUAGCAACCCAUUCUUGUAAGGCACCGCCCAUUAGAGUCCCUCAGACUUCAUAAAGGAUUAAGCUAUGGCGUUUACAGUGGCAUCAAAUAUGGAAAAGUUCAAUUCCAGCGUUUAGGUAUUUCGUGUUUUGUAUGUUUCAGUCCCAGAUUAGAUGGAAUUGAAAGUGAAUUGUCAGUUAUCCGUUGUGCGGUACAUCUGAGGACCAAACUGACCAGGAUAUGCCAGCACCAACAUAUUGAAGAAAA